UUCCGAAUUCUAAGUGACAGAAUGAGAAAGAAUUGUAAUGAACCAGCUGUACUGCCUCUAGGCCGUCCCUAAUAGACCUCUUGGCGCACACGUGUGGAUGCCGAUCAUGUUCGCGACGGUCGGCACUAGUUUUUUGCUGUCGAAGACGGUGCAAGCGGAGGCGGCAAGAGGAAAUCUUCAAGAACCGCGAACGCACAUGGAAGUUCCAUUCACAAUUCACGAAGCCACGGAUAAAAAGGUGAUCAUUGGCCUUGGUUCGAGACAAGUGAGCUUUCUUAAGAUAAGUGUGUACGUCAUGGCAAUGUAUGCUCGACCAAAAGACGUCAUGAUACUGGAAAAGGCCAAGUUGUGGACAAAUGCAAGUUCUGCUAUGAGCGACGUUGAUCAGGCUCAAAAGAUGCUAUUGCACCCUAUAGAUAUUAGCAUAAGAAUAGGUAGGCUUGUACAGAUGGUGUAUGAGAUUGGAUGUGAUACCUUAAAUCUUAAGCUGUCACUCUUUAGUUCCCACUAGGCCAACUGGUGCUGCUCAUUUGAGAGACGGUUUUACCAGAUCUCUCUUGCAGCUUAUGCGGGAACAAGCUAAGGACCUUAGUGAAG